AUGAUCUCCUCUAGGUGCUGGUUCCUUGCUGCACCAGAAGCCCCUUCUGUCCCAAGCAGACAGGUCCAGGAUCCAGAGAGUGUUAUACCCACCAGUGUCAAUUAUCACUUCACCCGGCAGUGCAACUACAAGUGUGGAUUCUGCUUCCACACCGCCAAGACCUCCUUCGUCCUACCGAUAGAGGAAGCCAAGAAUGGACUGGCCAUGCUGAAGGCUGCAGGUAUGGAGAAGAUUAACUUUUCUGGAGGUGAACCAUUCUUGCAGGACAGAGGGAACUUUGUUGGAAAGCUGGUGGAGUAUUGCAAGAAAGAGCUGAGGUUGCCCAGUGUCAGCAUUGUGAGCAAUGGCAGUCUGAUCACAGAAAAGUGGUUUCAGAUUUAUGGAGAACACCUGGAUAUCCUUGCUGUGUCCUGUGACAGCUUUGAAGAAGAAGUGAACAAGCUCAUUGGUCGGGGAAAAGGAAAGAAAAACCAUGUGGAGAAACUGAUGAAGAUCAGAAAAUGGUGUCGGGAUUAUAACGUGGCUUUCAAAAUAAAUUCUGUCAUCAACCAUUACAAUGUGGAUGAGGACAUGACAAAGGAGAUUGAGAUGAUAAGCCCAAUACGCUGGAAGGUAUUCCAGUGUCUCAUUAUCGAUGGGGAAAAUUGUGGUGAUGAUGCAUUAAGACAGGCUGAAAAAUUUGUCAUCAGUGAUGAAGAGUUCAGAGGUUUUCUGAAUCGUCAUAAGAACAUGAAAUGUUUGGUUCCAGAAUCUAAUCAGCAGAUGCGGGAUUCGUAUCUUAUACUGGAUGAAUAUAUGCGUUUCCUGGACUGCAGAAAUGGACGGAAAGAUCCUUCCAGAUCUAUCUUGGAUGUUGGUGUUGAAAAUGCCAUCAAGUUUAGUGGAUUUGAUGAAAAAAUGUUCUUUAAACGUGGUGGGAAGUAUGUGUGGAGCAAAGCAGACCUGAAGUUGGAUUGGUGA